CACAAUGGAGAAGAUCAUGCUUUUUUGUGCUGUUUCAUACAGAAUCAUUCAGAUCACAUCCAAUGAUGUUUCAGAACAUGAUGUGAGUAUUUUUCGAGUCCGGCUAAAUGAAAGCAUCACUCUGAACUGCAGCAUGACAGACAGAUACGAGAUCUCCUGGUAUCACCAGAAUCCUGAAUCUGGACGACUAACACUGCUGAUGUCUGCCAAGACCAGCAGCGUAGCGGGAAGAAAACUGCUAGUUAGGUUCAAACAAAACUGGAGUCGUCUGACAGUUCACGCAGAUGUGGACAUCAACACAGUCUCGCUAGUUAUUUCUGGACUAACAGAGUCAGACUCAGGUCUUUAUUUCUGUGGAACUAAAUCAGUGGAAAUGCACUUCAACAAACCCAUCAGACUAAAGAUCCAGGACAAGUCGACAGACAGAGAAGACAAAGUUCAGUCCGUCACAGAUCCUCCAGAGGAAGAUGAGAUCACAGAUGAAGUGACGCUGACGGAGCGUGUGCUGAUGUUCGGUGGUGUUGGUUUGGCUGUAUUGGUGUUUUUUGUGGCUACAGUCCUCGCAGGAGUAAUCAUUCACCAUCACGGCUGGCAGAAAGGAUGGAUCGCAGCCAAACACUCAUCUCUGAUUCACCACAAAUCACUUAAAUGAAACAUUUGUGUGCUUUAUUUUUGACUCUUUCGCAUUAAUCAGCGUUGUUCUUACAGCCAAUGGUGGCUCACCAGUGUGCUUCAGAUGUGGAUCUGUUGACCAGAUCUCAGACUGCUGUUGUGGCAAGAAGAGCAUUAUUAUGUACAUAUAAACUGA